CUCUAACAUCCGCAAUAGUGAAAAAACAAUUCAAGUCGAAGAACAAGGAAAUAAUGACAUCCCAAUGGAAAUAGUUGAAUUCAUGGCAAGAAAUCAAUAUGAAAGGUAUCGUCAUGAGGGUGAAAAAAGUUCUUUCUUCUCAAAACAAACCGAUGCAAAGAGGGAUGUCAAGUUAAUGGGUUUUCCUAGAGUACACGGGAAUGGGGUGCCUAAACCAUUACAAGAAAAAAAAUUGUUGCAUGACCAAAAUGCCUAUUUUGGAAGUCCAUAAGUCCUACCAAAAUGGAUCACGAUAGAGUGAAGUAGCCGAGCAUGUUGGAUUACAAAAUCGCAUGCUUUAUGGACUUAUCAUUCCUCAAAAGUAUGCUGCUCAUUCAGGUAACUUUGAAAUGAAUUCACAAUUCCUUGAGACGGUGAGUGAAGGGAGAACGAUUGGGGAUCUUGAUCUCAACUUCAUGAAUCCAAAUGCCAAUAACCUUGAAAAACAUAAUAAGAAUUUUGAUUCGGAAUCUUUCAGAAGGGCAUCUGUUGAACUUUCAUUAGCUCGCAAGCAUAGGGAUUUUGAUCUUAAUGUAAAGCUUUCGACGUCUGUAGAUUUUCAUUCUAGCGAUACCAUACCAACUAUGGAAUUACUUAAUCUUAUGGAUGCUAGGAUGCAGCCAAGUUCAACCAUUAGUUUGGACGGAAAACCUCUUCUUCCUAAUUUUUUCACCAAACAUUUUUCUCUCUAUGAUCAUCACCCAAAGAUCGGUCUAGAUGAGACAUCAAAGAUCCUUGAGAAACCUCUUCUUUCUUAUGUUCACCAUUCAAAAGAGUUCUCUAAUCGAGGGAGUGGGGUAUUCGGUGAUAGCUCAAGUUUUGGAUUUUAUGAAGAGGCACUUCAAAGUUUGAAGAGAGAGGGAAAGCACUCAUGGAAAGCACAAGUGGUAUUUCAUGCAUAAACCAUGAGUUUAAUUCGAUCCAAGAUAUGCAUGAAGGGUUCAAUGGUACAUCUGAUACUAUGGUGUUUCCCUUGCAAUGCCAUACAAUUGAAGACACGGGAAAAUGCAUUGACAAGGAGGUGGCUUGUAUAAAUGCAACUAUUUUUCCUAUGAGAAUCAUCUAUGAGAAUGAAAUUUGCAACAUUAAUAGAAACCCAGCGGACUUUACCAUACCAGAAGAAGGAAAUGAAUACAUGAUUAGCGAUCAAUAUUUGAAAUUUAAAAUGAUGAUUUUUUCUAACGGGAAAUCUAACUUGAUCAAUGUUGAUGGGCAAAAGCGAUAGAGAGUUCCAAAGCUUUCUUCUACUAUGAAAGAGCAUUCCCGACAUCGUUGAGCAUACCUAAGCUCCAAAACCAUGAUUUGAAGCCUCUGUUCGCUUCAGUUGGUUGCAGGUACACCCUUUUCAUUUGAGAUUUCAUUACAGUUUUUUUAAAGGUGCACACCCAGGAUUGUUUUCUUGUUUUUCGAAUUCUAG